AUGUCUCGGCAGGGGGCAUCAAAUCCACAAUCACGACAACCUACCCAUUCCAUAACAUCCGCCCUGGAUCCUAUCAUUUUGUGCCACACCAGGAGAGGGUUUCAGGGGGCGCGCGGCGCAGAUGAGCAAGGCUGCGCAGGCAGAGAAAUCUGGCAGCGCCGAAUCUUUGGAAAGUGUUACAAGAUAUUGGAACACAGGCCGGAAGGAAGUAGGCUGCUCUGCCCGGUUUCCGUUUCUCCCGUCCUCUUCCUUUACCAAUUGUUGCCUUUCCAGCUCCGUCAACUGAUUUACCAAAUCAACUUCAACUGCCAUCACUCACCAGCGACGACCAGCCAGUUGAACCAGAUCCAAGCCCACUUGUUCUCCCCGCUUUCGGUCAACAACCAGGCUACAAUGGAGCCUCCUGAGCUCAAGCGUCCAGCUCUGGGGGACGAGGUCCCCUUAGGCGCCUUGUACGACGCUCGCAGCGACACAUUCCUUCCUAAUUUAUUUGUUGAAGAACUGCCGGACAACGUCGUGGAUGCUAAGCUCAACGUCAAAUCGACCGCACAACUCAGUAAGGCGACCACAAUCCGCGACAAGCUUACUGCUCUCGGUAUCACACCAGAGCUUGGGGCCAGCAUCCUAGCUGGGCUUGCCCCAAUCAAUGUUUAUGCUCCAUAUCUGAACAACCGAAAUGGAUAUCAGCGCAGUGCCGCCCAAGCUUCUCUUCAUUACACCAUUACGACAGUGGAGGAAGAACUCAACCCAUUUACCAAUAGUAACAGGAACUACCGCCUAAAUGACAUGGAUAUGCCAACUCACAUGGUUAUUGGCAUUACCUGGGGUGCUCGGUUUCUUGUUGCCGCUCACUGCGCCGCUUCUACCCCAGAUGAUCUCGCGAGACAACAGGAGCGCCUAGAUUCUGUGUUCGAGAGUCUCAAACAUACGGCUCUUGGGGAUGCCAGCCAACCAAGUGUUUCGCCCGACGCGCCGGCAUCACAAGAACAAGAAAGCAGUGUCUUUGGGGACUGCGAUGUCUCGAUCUUGGGCAACGUCCUACCGCCAUCGACACUCGCCACUCCCCGCCCUUCUCCGCGCGCCCUUAUCGAUCGCCUUCGCGCCUCCUUGGUAGCUACCAACGGGGGCAAGGGAAAGCAGAUCCAGUACAAGCUCAUGCCGCUAGCGCCACUGUCUCGCCCACGUCUUAACAGCAUAACGGACCCCGCCGUUCACCAACCUCACGUCACAUAUUUGGAGCGCUUUAUUCGCUUGUUAGACGACUGGGCGGAUGCGCGACACCAGUGCAUGGAGUACAUCGCACGAUGCGAGAGAAACAACGACGCGGCUAUUACCCCCGACCGACUACGCUCCAUCAAGAGCCGAAUCCGGUCAUCGCAUAUGGCAGAGGGGAUCUGGAAGCCAAAGUUCGGAAAAAUCUUACAAGCCGUUCGUGAUGGCAGAGCGAGCGCACAAAGUUUCAACAAAAUGUUUGUCUUUGCGGAAAACAAGGAACUCGGGCCCAAGGAGGUGCUGUCCAAGAUAAUUGAUAACCACCCCGUGGACGGCCAAGAUCUCCAGAAGGAUGUCAAAGAUGAGGCCGUCACCUACGCAUCCUUCAGGGAGAAGUGGUACAACGUGUCUGCUGGGCAACCCUGA